AUGUCAGGGACCUCUUUUACAAGGAUGUCGUUGAUGAAAUUCGUUGGCUUGAACUCUAGAAGAGCAUUCCAUGCCACUUCCAAACGUUUGACUGAUUUCGAAACUGUUCACAUACAAAACACCAAUAGGUAUAAGCAACUUUUGAUGGAAAAGGGUAAGUUUGAAGAAUCUCAGGCAAAUGCAAUCGUGAACCUUAUGUCAGAUGCACUUAGAGGCGGUAUAUCACACGUAUCUCAGGAUUUAGCCAAAAGAGAAAGGUUAACGCAGUUGACUUACCAACAGAGGGUCGAUUUUGCCAAAUUGAGGGAUCAGUUGUUGACAGCAGAUCGAAGUGAGUUCCAUAAUCUACAGAAUGACUACGAAAGGGUCCGUAAGGAUUUAGAUAAAUUGAAGAAUAAAGUUAAAGAGGAAAUUACGAAGGCAAAUGCGAGCUUUAAACUUGACCUUUCGUUGGAGAAAGGUCGUAUAAGGGAGGAAAGUAGUCAUCAUGAUAUGCAGAUCAAAGAGAUCGACACCCGAAUUGACAAGGAAAUCACAAACAUGAGAAUGCAGAUCGACUCAGUCAAGACUCAAGUCAUGCAAUGGUUAAUCGGUGUGUGCACCGGUACCUUCGCUCUAGUUCUAGCAUAUGUUAGAUUAUUAUCAUAA